UCUCUCAAUUGCCAUGUAACAGCUCAAGUCUGAGAGGUUGUUAAAGGCGGAGUCCAGUCCCACAGUGAACAGCUUGAGCACAACAGAGAGAGCCAUGCUGCGUGAGCAGAGCUGAGCUCCCCAGCAGGAUAUCAUAUAUUGGAUACUGGGAACCAGAGUGGACUGAUGUCCAUUGGUCAUCAUGAACCUGACCUCCAGCUCUGAUGGUUUCCACUUCCUUACCAACAUUUCUCCUGGUAUGAGGGAUCAGCCUGAUUCUACCGUCAUAGGUGGCUCUUACCAGGGGUUGGCCAUUUUAUCUGACAAUGUUGGUGAGUGGAAGCAGCAUAAUGUCAGUCAUGUCUCAUGGCAAGGAGGAAACUUUACUGAUUUACCAGUUAACAGGACAUUAUUGCUGCCAGCAGAGGAGUUUGACCCUUUAGGAGGACAUACUAUCUUACAGGUCAUCAUAAUUGUCUUUCUCACUGGAUCGCUUUCUCUUCUCACUGUUGUUGGCAACAUCCUUGUGUUGGUGUCAUUCAAGAUCAAUAAGGCACUGAAGACAGUGAACAACUACUACCUGCUAAGCCUAGCAUUUGCUGACCUUACAAUUGGCACACUUUCAAUGAACCUGUAUACCACCUACCUCAUCAUGGACCAGUGGGCUCUGGGGCCAGUGAUCUGUGACUUGUGGCUUGCAAUAGACUAUGUGGCCAGUAACGCCUCAGUCAUGAACCUGCUUGUUAUCAGCUUUGACAGGUAUUUCUCUGUUACCAGACCUUUGACAUACCGGGCCAAGCGUACAACAAAGCGAGCAAUGACCAUGAUUGGAUUGGCCUGGUCCAUCUCUUUCAUCCUCUGGGCCCCAGCCAUCCUGUUCUGGCAGUACAUUGUGGGUGAGCGGACCGUCCAGCCCAAUGAGUGCUACAUUCAGUUCCUGUCCGAGCCCAUUAUUACAUUCUGCACUGCUAUAGCUGCGUUCUACUUGCCAGUAACUAUUAUGGCAUUCCUGUUUUGGAAGAUCUAUCAGGAGACAGAGAAGCGUGUUAAAGAUAUGGAAGGUCUCAAGGGAUCUGGGUCAGGUAACAGCCAAAGCCAGGCUCAGAAUCAAGGAAGUGGUAGUAGAAAAGCUGGUGGAGAAUGUGCGACUAAGAGCCAGAAGGAUUCAUCAGCCAUGCAGCGCCAAAUGAGCUCUCAAAGCUGCAGCAGCUAUGAACUAAAUCAGCUGGCUUCAGAGAAGAAAAACAAGGACAAUGUCAGCAUACGAGGAGGAACGGGAAGCAGAGGGAGGUGUGGCGCAUUCUGUUUCCAGUUUUUAUCACUGCUGCCAGGUCGCCAUGCAUCCAAGAGGUCCGUCAACACCACGACAACUACAGUGGGUGAAGCAGAGCAGAGCAGCUGUGACAGCUUUAACAACAAUGAAGCUGGAGCCUCUGGGGAGCAGUCAGGUUCAGAGGAUGAAGCUGACGGUGCACACCCAUCAAAAACAGAUGGUAAAAAAUCAAGAAAGGUAAAAAAAGGAUCAUCAUCUUCCAAAAGUCAAAAAGCUUCACAAUCAACCCCUGUCGCUGACCAAUCACCUGCAGCCAUCACCAUGAAGGACGCAGCGAUGGCCAAACGCUUCGCUUCUAAGGCCAAGACAGAGAUCAGCAAGCGUAAGAAUGAAAAAAAAGCAAAUGAAAAGAAGGCAGCACGGACACUCAGUGCCAUCCUUUUCGUCUUCAUUAUGACGUGGCUACCAUACAAUAUCAUGGUGUUGGUCAACACUUUCUGUCAGGACUGUAUUCCCGAAACUCUUUGGGCACUGGGCUACUGGUUGUGUUAUGUCAACAGCACAAUCAACCCAAUGUGCUACGCCCUGUGUAACAAGACCUUCCGGACAACUUUCAGGGAUAUCUUGAUGUGCCAGUGGGAUCAAAAAAAGAACAAUCCUCAUUUUCAACAGAGGAAGGCUGUGGCUUUGAAGAAAAAAGACCCAAUGUAGAAUAUUGUGGCAAAUUAUUGAUAGAUAUGUCUUUUAGAGAUUGAUUUCCUUAUCUAUGUUCAGAUUUGGAAUGCCAUAUACUUCUUCUAUUUCAGGGGAAAGAUGCUGAACAGAUUUUUGCAAACCAAAACUAAUUCCACAGAGUUUCUUUUCAAACUAGCAGUGGGGCCAAAGGCUGGUCAAUUAGUCCGACCAAAUUUGUACUUUUCAUGGUCCCAGAGCAUAGAGGUUGGGCCGAACAACUGUGAUAUAGCUGUGAUAUAAUCACAACAUACCACAGCCGUGAGCUGUUUCUUAUAUAAAACAUUAGGUAUGGCAAUAUAAAAGUCACAGUCCCAUUCCAAUUUUAGUAGAUAAAGAAUCACAUUCACAAUAAAAUAAGCCCUCCUGAGCUGGCUGGCUGCCUGCACAUACUGAGGCGAUUGCUAUGGAACGUAGGUAACGUUAGCCUACACUAGCAGCUAGCACAGGCUUUUUUACGCUAAAGGCUUAGUUUAGAUAGGCAGCACGAUGGCUCAGUGGUCCGAGUCUGAGGUGCUCCGGUUUCCCCCCAACAUAAAGACACACAUGCUGGCUAACUAGGACUACAGUUGAAAAUUAGCCGACUGGCUAACACUGGUGCAUUGUCCUAAUCAAAUAUAUCAAUCUUAAUGAUUCACCAAAGUUACACAAUAACAAAAAUUAAAGAUUGAGGCAGCACUAGACCAGAAAUAAUCGAUCGAAGCAGCGCUACACCAUCAACUAACUGGUCAAGGCAGUAGUUGAACAGCAACUCCUGUGAUUUGCAAGGUAAAUUUAUUGUUUUUGCCAAUGGAGUCUGGUAGCUUUUCAGAAAGCAGAGAUAACAGCUUCAGUUCCCCGCCGGAAAGGGCUGUCAGACAGCAAGGUAAAGGGUUGGAAAUAUUUUACAUAUAGUGUACUCUUAAAGGGAUAUUUUGAUGAUUUUCUGUGUCAUGCCUGAGUGAUACUUAUUGCACAAAGAAAUUGUAAGUCAUAGCUGUGGUAUGCGGUUUUCAUAUAACAGCUAUGAACCAAUCAUCAUUUCUUGAUUAGAGCUAACCGUUUGAUAUUUGGUGAUUCAUUCUGCUACGUUUUUCACAUUGACCAGCAUUUUGGCCAAUGACGGCUUCAGUCAGAAACUGAUUUUCAAUUUUGCUGUGGAGAUUCAUGGUCUCCAGAGGAUGAAUUAGGUGGUCAUCAUCUGGGAGAUCUCUGCUCCCAGACAAUGAGCCAAAUACUGAUCCAGCUCAACAAGAAAGGUUUUGUAGUAUUUUAUUUUAUUAUUCUUUUGUUCUAACAUUUUCUAUUGUGGGGAGUAAUUAAAAAAAAACAACUACGCAUAACUUGUGGAGCGACUAGCAGGGCUUUUGACUUUGACUUUUCAGAUGAAAAUAUAAACAUGGAUGUAUUUAUUAUAUGCUCUAAUAACAGAAUAACGUUGGCUAAUUAUAAUGUGGCGUGAUAAACUUAUUAAAGGACGUAAGAGCCUUGUGAGAUCAUCUUUACAAAAAAAUGCAACUGAUGGACAAUUUAGAGCUUAGUUUAUUUAUGUUUUUGAUUUCAUUGUUUGUUUUUUUAAGACGUGAAGGUGGGCAUUUUCAUUUCUGCAUUCAGUAAAUAAUAAGCAAUGAAAAAUGAUUUGCUAUAAAUGAUAACCUGGAUGUUAGCUAUGACAUAGUCAGUUGCCAGUUAUUUUGGUACACAUAGCUAUUUUAAUAAACUGUUUAAGAGAUGUGUACAUUCGUCUUUAUGGUCAUUUUGGAGGCUAUUUGUGCUUUUGUUAAAUUGUAUUGCGUUAUGUAGAGAGGAAUUUCUAAUAUUUACCCAAUCUUCACUGGUAUGAAUAGGAUGCAUUAGUUUUGGUUAUAGGUCUAUAGCUAGGUCUACCAAAUAAACUGGCAAAAGACUCUAUAUAUACUUAGUAUCACGACCAUAAUUUAGUUUUGAAAUAUUUUAAAAUCUGGUUAAGUUAGGUGAUCAGGAUUGAUUUGUUAUUCAGUAUUGUAGUGUUUCAAGCUGCUCUGUAUUGUCAACUAAAAAUAUAACGCUACGUGACACUGACCCUUAUUCCAUUUGAUUAUCUGUACAUACUAAAUGCUAUAGAGUUGUGUGAUACUGUGAAGGAAGAUGCUCAAUGCACAUUUGAAGAUAGUUUAACAGAAGCAAACAUCAGCUUUCUACAUCGCUACGCAUAUUGGGAGGGCAGUGUUCAGUGCAGCAGUUGUGUUGUGGACUACAGACAAAACACACCAAAGUACAUUUGAGUUGCCGAUGGAAAGGAAGAAUAUAGGCAACAUCUGAUCACCUAACCUUUAUUUAUAGAACAUUACGCUGUAGGUGGCUUACAUGGGCACAACAGUUGACAGUGCCUUGUUCUUUUAAGUAGAAUAUAUGACAUAUUGUAGAUGAAUUCAUGUGUGCAAAUGUACGUCAGUCCACUUUCAACGCUUGGAGCACUGUUGCUUUCCAGUUUGAAGAAAUUGCUCAGCUAUUAUUACUUUCUUUAUCAACGCUCUCUCUCUCUUUUGUGUUAUCCGUAGACGGCACAUUCAGAAAUGCUGUGAUUACUGAGGGCCUUUUUUAGGAAUACAUUUUGUAAUUUUCCCGUGUGAACGCAUUACAUACUCCAAACACUGUUAGACCUAUUAUGUAGUCUACCAAAGGGACAUGGUGGUCAAUUUCAAAUUGACUUGACGUGUACAAAACAAUUUAUAAAGCAGAUGUAUUCCGUGCAGGCAAGCUGUGUUCAGGGUGGGUGAUUGGACUAAAAGCAGCCCUGAGUAGUAGCCUGCAGUUUUUAUAUUCAGAGAUCCAUUCACAGUUUUGAAUCGUUUUGAGUGAAAGGGAACCAUUUCAUCUGCUGUUUCACCAAGACAAAUUCAGGACUUUUUAAGACCAUUAUGCAUGAUAUUGAAGACCUUUUUCAACUGAGCCCAAAUUUUAGUUUUUUUUCAUGCCAAGUAUCGGUAAACUUGCACUUCCCCAUAGCUAAAAAAACCCCCAUCCGCUUUAUGUCUUUGGUGCAAUCCCAAAAGAGACUCACGGCAAUAACAUGAAAGCUGAUUGGUUGCAAUAUAAGCAGCACGUUGGUCUCAUUUGUAGUUGUAAUACAGCGAAAUUAUAGUUGUACUAGUGAAAGAACUACAACACCACAAAAUAAAGACCAGUUUAAACUAAUUUAACACCUAGAACACAAUACUUCAGCCAAUUUAAAGGGGCUAUGCAGUUUUGGCCAUUUCUUUGCUGUUUUCUUGCUUUGCGCUCACAAAGUUCUCUAUAGAGCUCCCGCCACAGCUUCAGAAUAGAUAUAUUUGGCAGCUCCUAUGCUUACUUGUUUCUGACCCCUCCCUCGGUCAGUCUGCCGUCUCAUUGCUCUCCUCCGACAAUGCUUUCCGAGCUUUCUGCUUCUUUUUUGCCGGCUCAGCCAUGAUGAUAGCAUGAAAAAUUCUACUCUAAAAACUGAACAGGCAUGUGUGUUCAGUGCUGUGAAAAAAAGUCAUAUAACCAUUCCAAUCACUGAUGUGAUAUCCAAAAAACUGCAUAGUUCUUUUUUAAGACCCUUUAAGGCCUAAAAUUUAGAUUUUGAAAUUUUAGACUUUUUAAGACCCCUCGGAAACCCUGUACAUCUAUGUGCCUUGUUUUGCCAGAUGACAUCAAACUUUACAGAACACACAUAAUGUGUGAGUAAUAUCCUGUUUUCAGCAAAUAUAUACAUGGUUUUAAAAACAAAGAGUAAAUACUUGCACUUGUGUGUUUAUUCCUGUGUUAAAGGUUCCCUGUGGAGUAUUCAACCUCUAGCAGUGCCAGUGCUGUGGAGCAGAUUUCAAGUGGGUCCCUGUUUUUGUUUAUCAGACUCUGGCUCCAAAUUACAAGUUUACAGCACCCGUAUCCGGGGUAUUGGUGGCUUCACUUUUUUACAGUGGGAGAAAGUAGAGACGUGCCUUCUUUCUUCAUAUGCAGGCUAUGGUUUUAGUAAGUAACACUGAAAACCCCACAGGGCACCUUUAUUUGUGUGCAACUCUGUAGGCUACACAGUUUUCAUUUUUACAUUGAUGUUCACAUGAAUAUAUGAGUUGAAGUGCAAUAAAAUGAGACUUAUAACCUUU